AGCGCGCGCCCGAGCCGCCGCCGCCGCCGCCGCCGCCGCCGAAUCCCCAACAAGGAGCGAAAGCUGCGGCCGCCACCACCACCAGCCGCCGCCGCACCCGUCACAGCCGGGCGCCGGAGCAGGCCCGUGUGGGCCCAGGACUUCAGACUCUGGAGAAGUGACACUGUUGACCUCUGAGCCAUGGCAACUCCAGAUGUCAGCGUCCACAUGGAAGAAGUAGUGGUUGUGACAACUCCAGACACUGCAGUUGAUGGCAGUGGUGUAGAGGAGGUGAAGACAGUGCUUGUGACAACGAACCUAGCUCCUCAUGGGGGUGAUUUGACAGAAGAUAACAUGGAAACAGAAAAUGCAGCAGCUGCAGCUGCUGCUGCCUUUACAGCCUCCUCACAGCUCAAGGAAGCCGUGUUAGUGAAGAUGGCUGAAGAGGGGGAGAACUUAGAGGCUGAAAUUGUGUACCCCAUCACUUGUGGAGACAGCAGAGCUAACCUCAUCUGGAGGAAGUUUGUGUGCCCUGGAAUCAAUGUGAAAUGUGUUCAGUACGAUGAACAUGUGAUCAGCCCAAAGGAGUUUGUGCAUCUGGCAGGGAAGUCUACCCUGAAGGACUGGAAGAGAGCCAUCCGGAUGAACGGCAUCAUGCUCAGGAAGAUCAUGGACUCUGGGGAGCUAGACUUCUACCAGCAUGACAAGGUCUGCUCUAAUACUUGCCGAAGCACCAAGAUUGACCUCUCAGGGGCCCGUGUGUCCCUGAGCAGUCCAACAUCCACAGAGUACAUCCCGCUCACACCAGCUGCAGCUGAUGUGAAUGGCUCACCUGCCACCAUCACCAUAGAGACCUGUGAGGACCCUGGUGACUGGACCACAACCAUUGGAGUUACUCUGUACAUCAAUUUGUAUCCUGUCUACCUGACUUUCUCCAUCAUAGACGACACAUUUGCAUUCUGGCGGGGACUGAAGGAUGCGGGCUUACUGGAUGAAGUCAUACAGGAAUUUCAACAGGAGCUGGAGGAAACCAUGAAAGGCCUGCAGCAGCGAGUGCAGGACCCGCCCCUACAGCUCCGAGAUGCUGUCCUCCUCAAUAACAUCGUGCAAAACUUUGGCAUGCUGGAUCUGGUAAAGAAGGUACUGGCCAGCCACAAGUGCCAGAUGGAUCGUUCUCGAGAACAGUAUGCACGGGACCUGGCAGCCCUGGAACAGCAGUGUGAUGAACAUCGCCGCCGUGCCAAGGAACUGAAGCACAAGUCCCAGCACCUUAGCAAUGUGCUCAUGACGUUGACCCCAGUUUCCCUGCCAUCCCCUAUGAAGCGGCCCCGUCUUGCACGGGCUACAUCUGGACCAGCUGCUAUGGCUUCCCAGGUGCUUACACAGUCUGCACAGAUUGCACUUGGCCCAGGAAUGCCUAUGUCCCAGUUGACCAGUGUGCCACUUGGCAAAGUAGUAUCUACACUGCCCUCCACUGUCCUGGGCAAGGGCUCUCCUCAAGCUGCCCCAGCCAGUUCACCGGCCUCCCCACUGCUUGGAGGCUACACAGUUUUGGCCUCCUCUGGCUCUACCUUCCCCAGCACAGUAGAGAUUCAUCCGGACACAUCCAGCCUCACAGUUUUGAGCACAGCUGCCAUGCAGGAUGGCAGCACAGUACUAAAGGUGGUCAGCCCCCUGCAGCUGCUCACCCUGCCUGGCCUGGGACCCACACUACAGAAUGUGGCUCAGGCAUCACCUGCAGGCAGCACCAUUGUGACAAUGCCUACAGCAGCUGCUACUGGACCUGAGGAACACACAGCCACUAUUGAGGUGGCCGCUGUAGCAGAGGACCAUGAGCAGAAGUAGCUGGCAGGGAGGCUAAAAUCCUUCCAACAUGGGCUGGCUGACUGCCUCUCCUCAGGCCGCUGCAGGCAGAGGCCACUACAGACACAGGCCAUAGGGCUGGCUCAGCACAAGCAGGUCUGAUGGGCUGAACCAAAGAGAGGAUUGCCGGAUGAAUCAAGAGAAGAAAAGGGGGCAGAAUGUUGCCAGGAACCUGGAAAAUCUGUCUUCAACUUAUAAACUUCCUCCCCUUUUUUUGUGGGAAAUACUCUUUUCCAUCUGUUGCUUAUUAAUCCUGUUUACACAUUGGGCCUUGAGCAGGAACCAGAGGGUCACUGACCAGGAGGAGGCCUGGGUGCUUCUGGUACAGCUACAGAGCCAGCACCAGAGCCCAGCUAACCAUAGGUCCUAGUGCCUGCACCCCCAUGGGGCUGAGCCUGCUGGGACAUUAUUGACACAUGUCUUAGGCAGCAUGCCUGAGUGUGGAAGCCAUAGAUCCUAUGGAUUUGGUCUCUUCCCACAGUUCUCUGUUGGUUCAGUAUGGCCAGUGUCCAUGUUCCUUCACUGUUGGGAACAUGCCCUGGGGCUAAGUGCAGACCCCAGCCAGGACCCCAUCCCUCACCCCAUAGGCACUCAGGUGGUGAAGGGGUCUCAUGGACCUGGCAUGUUCUAGACCCUUUUGCACAUGGGCUGCAGGUGUUUUUAAGUAAAUCGCUUAGUAGCCUUCUAGGGGGGGAAAAUCAAUUAUAGUGUUUUCAACCAAAACAAUGCUGAGUGCCUAGGCUCCUGAGUCAGUUCUGGGAGGGACCCAGAGCACCGAUAUAUACACACCUAGCCAGGUGCUAGAGGUCUUAAGUAGUGUCUUUCCCUGAGACAAAGCUCUGGAAGAUUUUUGUGGAGGUAUGCCUUGAGACUUGGGGUAGCUCAAUGACUCCCUGUGUGCAGCCGACUCUUGUACUCCCCUAUAGUUGCUCCCCCUGCCCCCAACUCUCUUGGAGAUAGAGCUGGGCUUCUCUGGCCAAUAUUCAGUGUCUCUAUCCUGAGAGUUCCAGGGUAUGUAAGGCUGUUUAGAGUAGUGGGCUGGUCAGCUGGAAGACAGGACCCAGAAUGUCCACAGAAGGCUGUCUUCAGGCAGUUUUUAUGGGUCUAGGUUUGGGCCCAUGCUAGGGAUGACCUAGGCCAGAGUUCUUGGAGCCAAACGAUUUCAGGGAACAAAGUUUUGGCCUCUUGGUAAGGGAUGUCCUGGGAUAGUCCUAAGGUGCCUCUUGAAUCUCCUGUUCUGUCAACUGAAGGCUUUCCUUUCAGGGGCCCCACAGCAGGAAGGGACCACUGUCCCACUUUACUGCUUUGAAGGUUACCUUGUCCUUCCAUCCAUACAUCCCCCUUGAGCGCCCAGAUUCCUUUUACACCUUUGCUGUGAUUGGGCCCUUUCCUGCCCCCGCUCUCACCCUAUGUCAAGCUACUGAGGUUCUUGUAUCCCCUCUGUUACAUCACUGUUCACUGUGGCCACGAAUCAGCUGGUUUUGGCAGAUGUUUACCUGUUUAUGUAUAUACUCCUUUUUAAAAACUUGUUUUGUUUUUCUUCAUUGAGUUACAAGUCCUGUUAUAUGCAGCUGUAUGACUCUAGGGACACUGGGAGGAUCAGCAGAGUGGGUACUUCCUUGAAGUCCCUCCUCUACAACCUCAGACUAAUGUCACAAAUAAAACCUUCCUGCCCUAGGAACCAAGAGCCUUUCCUUGGCACAAGCCCCAGAUGUCAUUUGCUUUUGAGGAUGUGGGCCAGUUUCCUUUCUUCAAAAGAGCAAGGUUGAAAUAUUUUUGGCCCUUGCCCCUUUGAGCAUUAGAGAUACUGGAAGGUGAAGUUUAUUUCAGAGCCGUACAAAAAUAAUUCUCAAAUCAGCUUCAGAAUUAGUUCUUAUCACUCCUUCCUAGUAUCCUCAGAGGUUGUCUACAGUUUAACUUGUAGAACCAUGACCCUUGUGACAGUGCUGGCGUUGUUUCAGGUCCUCCAAGGCCGUUUCUAGCAGGUCAGCGAAGGCCCAAUAGUCCCAUCUGCAUGGAACCCUCAAUUCUGGGAGAGGAAGUGUGAUCACUGCCCUACCACAUGUUUAUACCUGCCUCUCUGGUUCCUCCUGACUCCUAUUGCUUCCCUGCUUGUUGGGCCAUUCAGAACCCAGAAAGGAAGGUCUUCCCCCUCCACAUGCAAACACGGGUGCUUGUGGCUGCUUUCAGUUUGGUUUUCUGAGAAAAUAGGACAGGAUUUGGUUUUGCAGAGGGUGCAAGCUCCUUUCCAUGCCUGCCCAGGAGGCACGCAAAAGGGCAAGUUUGAGUUCUUUGAGUUCUACUUUGUAUGUUGUUUAGCAAGUAUCUGCUUGGUACUUUGAUUUAAAAUAAAAACACUUUUAUAA